AUGUUGAACAAUAUUUGCUUAAGUCUUGUUCGAUAUAUGUUGAAUAUGGAAAAGAAACACUAUCGAUAUGUUUCCAACAUAUCAUCAUUAUCGAUUAAAUUAAAUUGGAAUAUGAAGAAUCUAAUCGAUUCUCAACAAUAUAAAGAAGCACUUAAUUUAUUUGAUAAAAAUCAGUCAAUAGCUACAAAUAUCACUCAUACAUUAGCUUUGAAAGCAGCUACAAAAUUAAUGAAUUACCAACGUGGAAUUUAUAUUCAUAGACAAUUAUCAAUACAAUCAUUAAAAGAUCCAUUUCUGCUGACAUCAUUAAUUCACUUUUAUAUGCAAUGUCGUAGAAUCGAUGAGGCACAUAAAAUCUUUUCAAGUAUUGAGAAUAAAACUGUAUUUAUGUAUGGUGCCAUGCUCAAAGGUUAUAUGUCGAAUAACAUGGCAGAAAAAGUUCUUGAAUUGUAUGAGAAAAUGUCGAUAGAAGCCAAUGAGGUAAUCAUCACGAUUGUAUUCAAUGCUUGUGCUAAACUUUGCAAUGAACAUGCAAUUCAAAUUGGAAAUCGCGCAUUUAACAAACUACAAAAAUCUUUCCUUCGCCAUCGGAAUCUUCUCAGUUCAGCAAUUGAUAUGUUGAUGAAAUUUGGUCAAGUAGAAGAUGCUGAAUUAUUCUUUCGACAAAUCCAAAUUUUCGAUUCAUUUUUCUGCGGAAUAAUGAUGAAUGGUUAUAAAAUCAAUCAUCAACCAUUCGAAUGUUUAUCGAUGUUUGAAGAAGCAAAACAGAAGAAUAUUCAAAUUAAUCUAAUCAUGGCAUUGGCAUUAGUUGGUGCAUGUGCUCAGAUUGGUAUGCAACAAACUUCAAGAAGAAUUCUUCAUCAGAUUUCACAUCUACAAAAUAAUCUUCAAUUGCGAAAUGCUUUGAUUGAUAUGUUGGGUAAAUCAAGUGAUAUUCAACAAGCUGAGAAGAUAUUUCAAUCCAUAACUCAACCUGAUCUUUUCACUUAUACUUCUAUGAUCAAUGCGUAUACAAGGAAUGGAAUGGGAUACGAAGCAUUCGAUAUCUACGAAAAAAUACCUAAUAAUCUUCACGAUUCCGUCUCACAUAUAUGUAUUUUAAAUGCAUGUUCACAUUCAGGACUUAUUGACCAAGCUCGAACUAUCUUCAAGAAAAUUCCAAGAAAGACCGAUGUUAUCGUUACUGCAAUGGUUGAUUGUCUUAGUCGUAUGGAAUUAUUUGACGAAGCACAGGAAUUAAUUGAUGAUUAUGAAGUGUCAAAUAUGCCUUUUUUGGGAAUGUACAUGGCGCUGUUGGCCGGUGCUCGUAAUCAUCGUCAGAUCGUUCGUUCUGAAAAAGUGUUCAAACGAAUGAAAAAUUUAUUUCCAGAGAAAAAAUCAGCGUUGAUUUCUGCCUCUAUUCUUUUGUCAAAUACUUAUUCUUCUGUGGGAGAUUAUCAAUCGGCUGAAGAAGAACGAUUAAAACGAAUACAACAAUUCGGCAAUAACGUCAAGGUCGGAUUAUCAUGGACAGAAGUCGGCGAUAAAAUUGUGAGGUUCAAAGCUCAUGAUCGUUCACAUCCUCAAACAAACGAAAUUUAUGCUGAACUUGAUCGUUUGUCGAAUGAAUUGAAGCAGCAUGGCUUUGAGUUUGAUUCAAGUUGGAUAACUCGACCGAUUAAAGAUGGAGAAAGUGUCGAAUCUGUACUAUGUGGACAUAGUGAAAAACUCGCUAUCGCGUUCAACUUCAUCCAACAAUCUCAACCAUCUUUCAUUCAAAUUACAAAAAAUCUCCGUGUUUGCGGAGAUUGUCAUCGUGCUACAAAAAUGAUUGCUCAAAUUCGGCAGUGUGAAAUCAUAAUACGAGACGCGAAUCGUAUCCAUCAUUUCCAUCGAAAUGGGCUAUGUUCUUGUCAAGAUCAUUUCUAG